CGCGACACUAUGGCGACAUAAUUUUGUAGGGCCCUUGGAAAUUAGACGACAAGCAAAUUAGACUACUGUAAAAAACCAAAGAAUCGUCGCAAAAAUUCAUCUAAAUUCCCCGGGACUUAGGGGCCUUAUUAUUUUCUGAUCGUCUAUUUUUUAAGCCCCAAUUUUGAACAGAAUCAAAUAUAAUAUAAUAUAACGUCACACAGGUUAGUAAAAAUGGGACAGUUAAUCAAAAGUUACGCAAUCACUAAAUUAACAGUCUAGUUUGAAUUGCGACAUAAUUUCCACAGAGUACCAAAAACAAAAGGAGAGGACAUACAGAUUACCAAAAAUAGAACAGCUUACUAAAAGUUGCCCAUUUCUUGUAUCAAGAUUACGUGAUAAUUACGUUUUGUAAGGUAAAGGACUAUCUACUUAAACAAGCGGAAGCUCGUAUUGACACUGUGUUGACAUUGAAUUUGCAAAAACUGCGGCAAAUUUUUGAGUGAUCCAGUUUUGAACAACUUCAUAAAGAGUAAAGAAAAUGGAAAAGUUGAUUAAAAAUUGCCCAUUUGUGUCAAAAUUACCUACCAAUUAUGUACGGAAGAUGAAUGGCUAUCUGCCCAAAUAUGCAGAAGUUUGUCCGGUCAUGUCAAAGUUCAUGCGUCCUAACCCAGACUCAGAGGCUACCAGUCAGAAAAAAAUCAACACCGGGCCAAAAUCAAAACAGUUAAAUUCUGAUCAACAGACGAAACUACACAAAAAAUACGGAAUCAAACUCGGCAGUGCCGACAAACAGACAGAGUGGCCCAAAAGUGGCAAGUCACAAUUGGGUUAUGAGUACAAGUUCCCAGUGGUGAUGAAAGUGUGUUCUGAACUGCGACGACAGAAUAGCAAACUACCGAAAUUUGGGAAUAUCGACUACGAACAAGUCAUGCAGGACCAUAUCGAGGCUAAAAAGACAGAACAUUCGUACAGGUUGUUCAAAUCUGUUGAGCGACAAGCUGGAAGCCAUCCUAUUGCAUUCGAACAUGAGAAAAACAAACCAGUAUGGAACUCGAUGGAUUCUCAGAACGACGAAUUCAAAGACGAGACUCGAGACAUAACGGUGUGGUGUAGCAACGACUACUUAGGAAUAACUUCUCACCCGGAAGUUAUCGAGGCGGCAACUACUGCGAUUCGUCGGCACGGAUCAGGCGCGGGAGGCACGAGGAAUAUUUCGGGAACCACUCCGUAUCAUAAUAUGUUGGAAACCGAACUUGCCGAUUUGCAUCAGAAAGAAGCCGCUUUGGUCUUCACUUCGUGUUAUGUUGCGAAUGACACGACUUUGACGACACUUCCGAAGUUGCUGCCUGGUUGUGAAAUCUUUUCGGACGAGGGAAACCACGCAUCUAUGAUCCAAGGUAUCCGCAACAGCAGAGCGCCCAGAUACAUAUUCAACCACAAUGACCCCCAACAUCUGGAGCAGCUUCUGGUUAAGGCAGACCCAUCCACUCCCAAACUCGUGGCCUUCGAAUCAGUUCAUUCUAUGGAUGGAAGUAUCUGUGACCUGCAUGAGAUGUGUGACGUAGCUCACAAGUACGGAGCCCUGACUUUUGUGGAUGAGGUGCAUGCAGUGGGUCUGUACGGAGAAAGAGGGGCGGGGAUUGGGGAGAGGGACGGGGCGCUCCACAAGAUUGACGUCGUAUCCGGAACUCUGGGCAAGGCUUUUGGAAACAUCGGAGGCUACAUCGCGGCUAACAAGACUCUAAUCGACGUCAUCCGAAGCUACGGUUCCGGCUUCAUCUUCACAACGUCUCUUCCCCCCUCAGUGCUCUACGGGACAAUCGCUGCCAUCCGAAUACUGAAAGGGGAGGAGGGACAGGUGUUGCGUUAUAGGCAGCAGGAGAAUGUGAAGUUGUUGCGUAAUAAGCUGUUGCGAGCGGGACUACCCGUGAUUGAUGCGCCUAGUCAUAUCAUACCUAUUCAUGUUGGAAACGCAGAAGCCUGCACAAAAGUAUCCGAUUACCUUUUGGACAGACACGGUAUAUACAUCCAAGCUAUCAACUACCCUACUGUAGCCAAGGGAACAGAGCGACUUCGGAUUGCACCCUCGCCGCUUCACACGGAGGAAAUGAUGGAUGAAUUGGUGGGGGCUCUAUUUGAAUCUUGGGUUGCGAAUCGACUGCCACUUAAUGUUUUGGUGUCCCCGGUGCAAGGAAGUGACUUCUGUCGUGAUAGGGCAGAGGAAUUGUCAUUGACUUUCAGCGCACAUUUUGGCGCCCACAAGGGACCCGACAGCAGUCCAGUUAUCAUUCGAGUGAGACCUAAAGACCAGUUUGAGAAUCCCAACUUCUUCUCAUCCCUCUUUGACCAGGAUCUCAUCCAGUAUUUUCAGUUCAUAGCCGAUAAAGGAAUCGGAGUGCCUCAAAGCUGCGAAGGUGCCCUAGUGUGGUACAAAAAAGUGGCGGACAGAGUUGCCGAAGACGUCACAUUGGGCAGUCCAGUUGUCCAGGAACCGUUAAAGCAAAUAACUCAAUUACUGUGGAAAGAGUUUCUGUUGAUGCGUAAUAAGCUGUUGCGAGUUGGACUGCCUGUGAUUGAUGCGCCGAGUCAUAUCAUACCUGUUCAUGAAAUGAUGGAUCAAUUGGUGGGGGCUCUAUUUGAAACGUGGGUUGCGAAUCGAGUGCCGCUUAAUGUUUUGGUGUCCCCGGCUCAAGGAAGUGACUUCUGUCGUGACAGGGCAGAGGAAUUGUCAUUGACUUUCAGUCAGAGCUGA